GAGAAAAAAAAUCUAGGAAUAUUUUGCAAUCGCUCAUCUUCGCCUGCAUGAAUAUUUUUAUCGACUUUCGCCAUUCAAAAAGCCAAUCAAAUUCUUUGCAUUGUUUGCUCUCAAUCCAGGAUUACCAUUGUACGGAAUAAAUAAAUAGUUGCUGCAAGGUAGCGGUACCAUAGACGAAAAGUUCGAAUGAAAUUUUCUAACCUGGCCGCGAUUGAUGCGUGUGUUUAUGAAUCAGUGGAUGGAAAGUGAUCAUCAGUGAAAAUAAAGAAAGGAAAAAGCAUUGUGCAAGUGCUAUCUUUGCUGCUGUUCGAUUAUUAAAGUGACAUUGAAAACCCUAAAUACCAAGUGGAUAAAUACAUCGGUUUGAUUUUGAACCCGAGCUCAUAAUUCAUCCUCAUUUUCUCGAGUAUCCCUUGGUGAUUUGAUAAGGCGCUCUCAACUUCUGGCAUUGGUUGAGUGUGUUUCCAUAGAACCAGAAUGUGUACUAUAUUUAUCCUACAAUACCGUUAAUUGCUCGUAUUUACUAAUGUCUGUUAUCGUAAAUGUACAUUCGAAAGAAUUAUUUUUGGAGGUGAUUUAAUUGAAGUUACACAGAAAGUGGCUAUAUCCAUCAUAUAUCUCCCAUUAUCGUUGUUAUCCGGUGUAAUAAUUCCUGAUUCUGACUUGUGUGAUUAUGAGGAAUGACGGUAAUGACAAUCCGUGAGUUAGCAUAAUCUCAGCCGUAAAUACCAAAAAAAAAAUCAAAUUCUAUCGGAUUGAAAAGUAUUGGGAUGGAGCGCAAGGGAAGCUUCGGUCAUGUGAAAGCCUUGGUGAACAGCAUCCACGGUUCCUUCCCAAGCGCCGUUCUUUUUGACAAUGCGUUUCCAAGCAGCAACCCUUCAUCGUCCGCUACGGAGGCAACAACCAACGUUCAUUCUAAGCCCACCCGUGCUGAUGCUGCCUCACCGACCGCCGACACUACCAGUGAAUCUGGCCACGUUUCACCAAGCAAAAUGCCCUAUCGGCUUAGGAUACCGUCACUGGUAGUGACAGGUUCGCUGUCACCUUACCAUAUGAGCAGCAAUCCACCGGGAGCGGGCGAAAGUGACAACUCUCUCCGACGGUUCAGUUUUGCCCUCAUGAGACGUCACUCGAACACGGCAUUGAAUCGGUGCGAUUCAAUGGGCUCUUUGAGUCAUCGAGCUCUGCUUCAGUAUUUGGAAUCGGACGAUUUAGCUGGCCUCAAGUCAUUUCUCGGCACACGCCAACUGCAAGUCGAUGACCGUGAUGAGAAUGGUACCACCGUGUUAAUGAUCGCUAGUGGCCGUGGUGCCACGAGUUUCGUCAAGGAGCUGAUUGCACGUGGAGCAGAUGUCCAAGCACAGGAUUUAGACAACUGGUCCCCACUUCUGUUUGCUGCCAAAGCUGGCAACGUAGAUAUAGUCGAAAUCCUGCUCGAUAAUGGCGCUGACAUUGAACAUCGGGAUAUGGGUGGCUGGACCGCUCUUAUGUGGGGUUCUUAUAAAGGACACACAUCAGUUGUUUCGUUAUUGGUGCAUAAAGGAGCCGAUGUUCAAGCUCAUGGCAAUUAUCACCUAAACCCAUUGCUCUGGGCCGCAGGUCGUGGACAUACGGAAAUUGUCAAAGUGCUAGUUAAUACGGGCGGAGCCAAGCCUAAUGUGGGUGAUAAGUAUGGAACAACCCCAUUAGUUUGGGCAUGUCGAAAAGGUAAUGCAGAGAUCGUGGACACUCUUCUGAAAGCUGGAGCAAACGUCGAUACAGCAGGUAUGUACUCGUGGACUCCGCUUUUGGUUGCUGUUAGCGGUGGCUAUCAGGAAUGUGUUCCAUUGCUGCUGGACCGCAAACCGAAUGUCAACGCACUGGACAAAGAUGGGAUGACUGCACUAUCGAUAGCAUGUCGAGAAGGCCUCACGGAGAUUGCGUCCUCUUUGAUUGCCGCUGGUGCUUAUGUGAAUGUGCAGGACCGUGCUGGUGACACACCUCUUAUAAAUGCCGUCAAAGGAGGAUACCGCAAUGUUGUAGAAAUUUUGCUGAAGCGUCACGUUGACGUGGAUAUACAGGGAAAAGAUAGGAAGACUGCCUUAUACACCGCUGUUGAGAAGGGACACACUACACUAGUGAAACUGAUUUUACAAUCCAAUCCAGAUUUGGAGCUAUCAACUAAAGAUGGAGACACGCCGCUCUUGCGAGCGGUACGUAAUAGGAAUCUAGAAAUGGUGCAAAUGUUGUUGGAACGGAAAGCUAAGGUUGGUGCAGCAGAUAAACGAGGAGAUACAUGCUUGCACGUAGCAAUGAGAGCCCGCUCGAAAGCGAUUGUCGAGGCAUUGCUUAGCAAUCCAAAAUACAGCCAACUUCUGUACCGUUCAAAUAAAGCGGGAGAAACUCCAUAUGGUAUCGAUGCAAUGCAUCAGAAGACGAUUCUGGGACAAGUAUUCGGAGCACGGCGCCUUAAUGCGAAUGAGGACUCGGAAGGAAUGUUAGGCUAUGGAUUAUAUUCUUCAGCAUUAGCAGAUGUACUAAGUGAACCUACAUUGACAACUCCUAUUACUGUUGGAUUAUAUGCAAAAUGGGGCAGUGGCAAAAGCUUUCUUUUAGCUAAACUACGUGAGGAAAUGAAAUGUUUUGCCCAGCAGUGGUCUGAACCGCCAAUUCGAGCUCCAUUCUUGUUCUUUCUGGUUUGUCUUCACGUUGCACUGGUAAUUGGAACCGUCGUUGGUCUCACUACCUGGAGCUACAUCCUGGGUCUUACUACCGGAAUUUCAUUGUUGGUUCUCAUCUAUUUCAUUAAUUAUCUGUUUAAAUUUCUGGACAGACGGUAUGAUCUAGAAUGGCUUUAUAGUUUAAAUUAUGGCUUAUCGAAAAAGCUAGGAAAGCUUCGUUUGAUUCUACAAGUUGCAUUCUGUCAUCCACCCGGUCCGCAAAAUGAUUCCCAACCGAUGCCCGUACGGUUUCAUUUUGCAGAGGCCAGUGGUGCCGCUCCAAAUGGAGAUGCUGCUAUUGCGUUGAUGUUAGCUUCCAUAUUCGAUGCCAUCGAAGCUUACUAUGGAUCACUGGCGACCGGAUUGUAUCGUGCGUUUCGACCAAAGCCAUUGAAAGCUAGUGGAGGUUGGAAAUGGCGCCGUAUGUGCUGUGUGCCUGUUGUAUUACUUUUCGAACUGGGAAUACUAGGUGUACUUACUACUGCUUCGUUAUCUAUUGUCUACUCGGAGUACGGAAGUAGUGGAAGGGAUGAGAUUGCCGUCACCAUAUAUAUCCUUAUUGGGUUCCUACUAGCAGGCACAAUAGCUAAUUUACACGCGUGGUCAAAACUAAUUGGUGCAUUGUUUAUGUCGCAAGGAAAGCAUCUAAAACGUGCGUUCAACAACAACGAAGCUGCACCACUGACCGCCUUAGGUGCAGAAGUAAGCUUGAUGACGGACAUGAUUCGCUGUUUGGAUGCAUUUACGAAUCAACAGAGCCGACUAGUUGGAGUUGUGGAUGCUCUGGAUUCCUGUGAUACAGAACGCACGUUAACUAUAUUGAACGCCAUCCAAACACUGCUUUCAGCGCCACAACGACCUUUCGUGUUGCUGUUAGCCGUUGAUCCUCACGUUAUAGCUAAAGCCGCCGAAGCUAAUAGCAGGCGAUUGUUCACUGAAGGCGGCAUAGGAGGGCACGAUUUUCUCAGAAAUUUAGUUCAUCUCCCAGUUUAUCUGCAGAACUCAGGUCUCCGGAAAGUUCAGCGAGCUCAAAGUACUGCCAUGGCCACAUAUCGCCGGAUUGUCCCUGAUUCAACCAGAGAUGAUGAUUCACAUUUAGGACACUCAGUUUCUGCUAGAAGAUUGUCAAAUGCUUCUGAGAUUAUGUCCAGCCAAGAGAAGCUCAGAGCUAUGCCUGGAACGUCGAGGGCGGGAAGUAAAAAGUUACGUGUUUCAGAUUCGAUUGCAAGUUCUAUUGGAUCAAAUCUUCAUAAACUAGGUCAAAAUCCACCGGUAGAUUUAUCAAAGAUCGUCCUAACUGAUGACUACUUCAGUGACGUGAAUCCUCGUAGUAUGCGAAGGUUGAUGAACGUUAUUUACAUUACAGUGCGCCUAUUGAAGGCAUUCAAAAUAGAUUUUAGUUGGUACCGGCUGAGCUCUUGGAUUAAUUUAACGGAACAGUGGCCUUUACGUGCAAGCAUGAUUGUUUUGGAACAUGAUCAAGCCGGAGAUAACUUUGAAGAUUCCAUGUCACUACAGUCGGUUUACGAUAAGGUUCGGCCAAAAAUUGCUUGCCUGAGAGAAGCAGUGAAUUUACUAGAUCUCGACAGAGACGAACGCAAACUAGAUGCCUUUUUACAGUUGCACAAGUCCGAUCUUCUAGUAUCGGAUUUGCGAAUAUUCUUGCCUUUCACCAUCAAUCUAGAUCCAUAUUUAAGAAAAGUGUUAAAAGAAGAUCAGCAAGCAUUGGAGGAUGAAGGGAUCAUCAUUCCUAUUAAGAGCACGCUCCCCUCUAUGAAACCACACAGUUUUGUUCCGACUCGUCAUUCGCAUCAACAUAUCCUCCAUCCAACACCACAGCAUCCACCGAGUCUUCCAACAUGGGCUGGCUUCUAUAAUGCACCGCCCGCCAUGGCUAUGAUGAAUUAUUACAACCAAAAUCUGGCUAGUCUGAUGCAUCCCGAUAACAGCAGUUUGAAAAAGACCAACUCUACUAGCAUACUCAUCGAGCACGCCAAUGAUAAUCAUUCCAAUGGUACUUCUUCGCAAUCAGCGAGCACCAAGCAGCAUUUGAAGAAUCCCUCAUCUCGUGGAUCACCACCGAUCGAUUUUGAUAUCUCCAACAUUCAACUUGAUAAGCUUACCGCGGAAGAGCUUAUCGACUUGUUGGCUCGGGUUGGUGAUCUUAAACCGGCACUAGAUAAGCUGUCCCCCGUGUUAAGAGAAAAUGCAAUAUCUGGUCGCGUACUAACUUACUGCAGCUUGGAUGAGCUUAAAUCCGUACUUAAUCUUAGCUUUGGACACUGGGAAAUCUUCAAAAUGCUAAUUUUGCAGUUGAGAGAGAACAAUGCCACUAGAAAACAAGCCAAAACCACAACGUUCGCAAAAAGUGUCGGGGACAGUUUGGAAUUAACUGACAACAUACCCACAUCAACUCAGUCGUCUGCUCCACCAUCUGUUUUCCAGCCAGUGCGACAGAAAUCUCAUAUGGAAAAACAGGUGACAUUGGAAGAACAAAUGAUAUGCGGUGCCUUGCAAACCCUGAAUGAGGAUGCAUUUGAAGACGUAGCGGGCAGCGAGCGUCCCAGCCCCACUGGUGAGAUGUUUUCUCAGUACCUAGCACCAAUCCGUGAGAGCUCGGAAAUUGGUUCACCGCCGAGGCUUAGCUAUAACUUCACUAACCCCAAUUUACUCGAUCACCCGCCUGCCGCUAGUAGCGAAGAUUCAUUUCAGCAACGUUCUCAGCUAAGGUCUCACAGCUUGCACGACGAGUCUCUUUCCAGUGUUAUUAUCAUGCCGCACCACCCAUCAAACGUGGAUGAUACAAAACUAUAGGUGUAAUUCUGUUUUGUUCUUCUCAUUUUGUUAGUAAAAAUUUAUUCACUUCAAUAGACGAUCGACAGCGCGACAAAUAGAAAAUUAUCGAAGAAAGUUAUGAAAGCUAUUGAUUUCUAUAACUCUAGAACUUCCUUUUAGC